UCUGAGAAAAUGAAACGGACCAGACUGACGUGUGUUUCAGGGACACCUGAAAUACAGAGCAGUUUCCACCGGCUGUGUGAAUUCCUGCUUCCUUUUUCUUGCUGUUGAAGAGCUCUGGGGAAACUGUGUGUGUGUGUGUGGGGGGGGGUGCAUAGCCUCUCCAUCCCCCACACAAAUGUGAUCUAACUUUCCACUGGCUGUGACCUGCCCUCCUCCCACUGUACUUAUCAACUGUUGGAUGUUUUUCACUAAAAGAAAACAAAUUGAGGAAUGUGUUUCCCUGCAUACUAAUGAAAUGGCCGAGCCAACCCAGGGGUGAAGAGAAGGCUUUCGGACCAAGCAAAAUAAUGAUUUUCAGUGUCUGACCUCCUGGCACCACCGGCUAUUUAUCGGGAGUCGCAUGUGACUGGCUAAGACGCCGAGCCGGGACUGCAAGGAAACAGCUGCUGCUGGUGUACUCGCUCCUUGGCAGCUGGACAGGCAGCACACAGUGAAAAGCCGCCCCAGUUUUCCGAAUUAUUUAUAGUUCAAGCUGAACAAACCAGCUCUGUGCAUUUUUCCCUUAAUCCAAUCCCAACAAUGAUAACUACCUUGAAAAUUCCUUCACGCCUGGAAAUCUUCUUAUAUGAAAACAACAGAGUUUUCUUGCCCUGUAACUAAGAACAGAGGCCAGGACUGGGCAGGAAAAUCACUGGCUCGCUCUGCUGUGGAGAUGACCUGUCUGGUGCUGAGAAUGUCGGCGGGCUUCUGACCGCAGGUCCGCAGCCAUGGGGUCCAGCAGCCUUGGGAAAGCAGCCACGCUAGACGAACUGCUGAGCACCUGCAUUGAGAUGUUCGAUGACAAUGGAGACUUGGAUAAUAGUUAUUUGCCAAGAAUUGUCCUACUGAUGCACCGAUGGUAUUUAUCUUCCACUGAAUUGGCAGAAAAACUUCUCUGCAUGUAUCAAAAUGCCAGUGGAGAUAGCUGCAACGAGUUUCGACUGAAGAUCUGCUAUUUCAUAAGGUACUGGAUUCUGAAGUUUCCUGCGGAGUUUAAUUUGGAUCUUGGUUUGAUUCACAUGAUUGAGGAAUUCCGGGAAGUAGCUAGUCAACUGGGACAUGAAGCACAUGCCAGCCUCAUCGACAUAUCCAGCAUUCCUUCUUAUGAUUGGAUGAGAAGAGUCACUCAGAGGAAGAAAGUAUCCAAGAAAGGCAAGGCCUGUCUGCUGUUUGAUCAUCUGGAGCCCAUUGAAUUGGCAGAGCACCUCACUUUUCUGGAGCAUAAAUCUUUUAGGAGAAUCUCAUUCACCGAUUACCAAAGCUAUGUUAUCCAUGGUUGCUUGGAGAAUAACCCAACCUUGGAGAGAUCGAUUGCCUUAUUUAAUGGAAUCUCUAAGUGGGUCCAGUUGAUGGUUCUUAGCAAACCAACCCCCCAGCAAAGGGCAGAAGUCAUCACAAAGUUUAUCAAUGUUGCAAAGAAGCUCCUUCAGCUCAAAAAUUUUAACACCUUGAUGGCGGUGGUGGGAGGCCUUAGUCACAGUUCCAUUUCACGCCUCAAAGAGACCCAUUCCCACCUUUCUUCAGAGGUUACAAAGAACUGGAAUGAAAUGACAGAGUUGGUCUCCUCCAAUGGCAAUUAUUGCAGUUACCGCAAGGCCUUUGCUGACUGUGAUGGUUUCAAAAUCCCCAUCCUUGGAGUACACUUGAAAGACUUGAUAGCGGUCCAUGUCAUUUUCCCAGACUGGAUGGAGGAGAACAAAGUGAACAUUGUGAAAAUGCACCAGCUCUCCGUUACCCUGAGUGAACUGGUCUCCCUGCAGAACGCCUCUCACCACUUAGAGCCCAACAUGGAUUUGAUCAACCUGCUCACCCUGUCUCUGGACCUCUAUCACACGGAAGAUGAUAUUUAUAAACUGUCACUGGUGCUGGAGCCUAGAAAUUCUAAAUCGCAGCCUACCUCUCCUACAACACCCACCAAGCCUGUGGUGCCCCUGGACUGGGCAUCUGGGGUGAUGCCAAAGCCAGACCCUACAGUCAUUAACAAGCACAUAAGGAAACUAGUUGAGUCUGUGUUUAGAAACUACGAUCAUGACCACGAUGGGUACAUCUCUCAAGAGGACUUUGAAAGUAUAGCUGCCAAUUUUCCCUUCCUGGAUUCCUUCUGUGUGCUAGACAAAGAUCAGGAUGGCUUGAUCAGUAAAGAUGAAAUGAUGGCCUACUUCCUGAGAGCUAAAUCCCAGCUGCACUGUAAAAUGGGACCAGGAUUUGUGCACAACUUUCAGGAGAUGACCUAUCUCAAGCCAACCUUCUGUGAGCACUGUGCUGGAUUUCUUUGGGGCAUCAUCAAACAAGGAUAUAAGUGCAAAGACUGCGGAGCCAACUGUCAUAAACAGUGCAAAGAUCUCCUGGUUCUGGCCUGCAGGAGGUUUGCCCGAGCACCCUCAUUGGGCAGCAGUCAAGGAUCACUGCCUGGAAGCCCCUCGCUGCCCCCAGCACAGGACGAGGUGUUUGAGUUUCCCGGGGACGGUGCUGGACCCCGGGAUCUGGAUAGCAGAGCCAUCACUCUGGUCACCGGCUCUUCCCGCAAGAUCUCUGUGAGGCUACAGCGGGCCACCACCAGCCAGGCCACCCAGACUGAACCUGUCUGGUCCGAGGCUGGCUGGGGAGACUCAGGGUCACAUACCUUCCCCAAGAUGAAAUCCAAGUUCCACGACAAAGCAGCAAAGGACAAAGGCUUUGCCAAGUGGGAAAAUGAGAAGCCCAGGGUGCAAGCCGGAGUGGACGUUGUAGACCGGGGCACCAACUUCGAACCUGACCAGGAUGAAGGCCCAGAGGAGACCAGACAGGAUGGUGAGGAUGGCUGACUUCAAGCUGGGGAAACUGAGGCAAUCAUGCUGGCAAGAUGAGAAACUCUGGAGAACACGCCCAUCUCAGGAAGUUAUCUGGAAAGACACCCGCACAUUUUCUGCCAUGGGACACUGUGGGAUCGCCAUGGUUGGGCGAUGGACAGAGGAUUUAUCCUAAUAAUGAACUAUUUAUUCAAGGUUCCUCCCUGCCCCAGUUAGGUGCCACACAGACUGUGCUACAUAGCUAAUUGUUUUCUCACUAUAUUUCUCUAGAGCCAUUUAUAUACGGGUGAAAUGAAAGCUUCUCUGCUCACACUUGAUACUCUCAAAACUCAGCCUUUGCUUUUCUGUGAGCGUAUUUUAAUUCUGCGUACCUUUCGGGUGGGACCAGUACUCAAUAUCUUCUUGAAGGGCCAGGAAGCAUCUCAGGCUUGGAAUCCCGGAGUUGUUCUAGUGAAGAUCAUCUACGAGAAGCUGUGUAUGUGUUCCUGCCUGGCACUCCCUACGAUGUACAGCAAGCCACACGUAUUUGUCUUCGAAGACUUAGCAAUUCUGCAUCACUAAGGGCUAUGAUGUAGCUCUGAAUGUGUGCCUAAUGCUUAUAAUAGCCCUGGGGGACAAAUGAGCACGUGUCCCAGCUAGCUGUAUGCUCUUCCUUUAGUCCUGAAAUAGGAACAGCGAUUGAGAAAUCCAUUUGUUUUGGGGAAUAUAACUUAGUAGAAAAGUCACUGAACAAACGCUAGGUAAAAUGCAAAACCAUGCCCAAUUUUUAAAGUUCAGAGUAUUUCUAAAUUUUGUUUAAAAGAUCUUUUUGGUUCAAAUGAUAACCCUUGUACUCUUCCUAAUAAACUGCCACCCAUAAUUAAAGACUGUUAAUUAAAAAGAAAGCCAUCAUAAAUGAUCUUGAAUAUUCCACUUAUACUUUUUAAAAAUAUUAGUAAUUUAAGUAUUUUCCUUUGACCCAAAAUGUCUAGAUGUGGAUCUAUUUCUUAAAUAAUGAGACAGAGAGAGAGAGAGACAGACAGACAGAGAACUUGAUUCAAGGUGUUCACAAUGGAAGCCAGGUGCUGGUUGUACACACCUGUACUUCCCAGCACUUGAGAGGAUGAGGCAGGAGGACUGCCCCAAGUUCAAGGCUACCCUAGGCUACAUUAAGAAAAAAACCUUAUUUCACUAAGAAAAAAAAAGCUGUUCAAAACAGAGAUGGAAUCGAGACCGUGAGUGAGUUGGAUGACUGCUACAAGAGACCACGCAGAAACUGUUCCACAGACGUCCUUCAUCCCCACGUCAGAAGGCCACUUUUUGUACAUGGUCCACGCAGAACUGACUGUACUUGUGGAAGUUGCCCUUCUCUUCUCUUCCCUGCGGACAUCUGAGGCAGAUCUGCAGAGCCAGCCUUCUGAGUGCUGGUUCUGGACAGGGUCAGUGUGAAAGGCACAAAGACGGACGUGACUGGUCUCGGCCUCAAGGACUGAAAGCCGAGGACACCCAGGCUAGCUGGCUCCUGUGGUGUCAGUCUGCUGGGAUAGGUAGGCUACAGUCACCUCUGUAAACAGCACCAGGGCAAACUGCCACUCUGAGAUGAAGUAACUGUUAACAAAACUAAAACCAAAAUGGUAACUUGAGCACAGGGAAUGCUUAGUUGUGUUUUUUUUUUUUUUUUUAUUUUAUUUUAGAAAAAGGAAGUAAUUUCAGGAAGAAACCUGUUAAGAAUAAAUGUGGUAGGACUGUUCUUUUUCUUCUCAGAGGAAUUACUUCACUUCACACUUAAUUUGGAUACUUGUGUGUUUUUGUAUCUAGGAAGAAGUUUCAUAUUGUCAAUCUUCCUAUUACAAAGAUACUAAAUGUACCCUGUACAAAAAAUAAAAAGAAACCAAAUGUAUGUA